AUGGAGACUCCGAGGCAUCCGGCUCAGGGCUGUGUGACCUUUGAGGACGUGGCUGUGUACUUCUGCCGGGAAGAAUGGGAGCUCCUGGAUGAAUCUCAGAGGCUCCUGUAUCUCGAUGUCAUGCUGGAGAACUUUGCACUUAUAGCCUCACUGGAUUGUUGGCAUGAAGCAGAGACGGGAGAGACAGCCUGUACACAGAGUGUGUCACCCACUGAAGAACCACAGGUCCGAGCUCCAAAGGAGGGUCUACCCACGAAGAAGACUCAUCCUUCUGACACCUACGUCACAGCGCUGAAAGACAUCUUGCAUCUGAAUGACCUACCUGGGCAGAAACCGUAUUUGUCUGAGGUGUGCGCAAACCUCCUGGACCAGAAACAUCCUAGAGCCAAGAACUGGUUAGAGAGAGAUGCGGACUCCCUUGGGAAGAGCUGUGUGUUCCAUGUAUCAGGGGAUCCUUUCAUCUGUAGUAAGACUGGAGCGAACUUCCCAGCUAUGUGGAAUCUUCUCCAACCCCAGGCCACUCCCAAAGGCGAGAAGCAAAAGGCUUUUCACAGUGAGAAAAAGAAUUCUAAGUCAGAAGAAUAUAAGAAGUCUUCCAGCCCCCAACACAAGCUUCUUGAGUACCAGAGAGUCCACAGUGAAAGAGGAAAGGUGGAAUCUAGCCAAUGCAGUAAGCAAGAUUUACGCACACUUGUGCCAUCCCAGACAGACCAAACUGACAAAAGACCGUAUGAGUGUCCUGACUGUGGAAAACUGUUUGGCCAAAAAGCCACACUUCGAAUUCACCGGAGACGUCAUACUGGCGAAAAACCCUACAAGUGUGGUGAGUGUGGAAAGUCUUUUUGUCAGAGCUCCAACCUUAGUGAACACUGCAGAGUCCACAGUGGAGAAAGGCCUUACGAGUGUGUGGAAUGCGGGAGAGCCUUCGGAUGCCACUCCAGUCUCCUUCGGCACCAGAGAACGCACACGGGAGAAUGGCCGUAUGAGUGUGGGGACUGCGGGAGACUGUUCAGACAGAUCGUCAGCCUGGUGACACACCAGAGGACUCACAGGACGGACAAGCCUUACGAAUGUGGACAGUGUGAAAAAUCUUUCAGUCACAAGGCCACUCUCACCGUGCACCAGAGAGUUCACACGGGAGAAAAGCCCUAUAACUGUGAAGAAUGUGGGAAAUCCUUCAGCCAAAGCGCCAACCUCAUUAAACACUCCAAAAUCCAUACUGGAGAAAAGCCUUAUGAGUGUGGGGAGUGCGGUCUGUGCUUCCGGCAAAGAGCCACCCUCAUGAAACAUCAGAGAACCCACACUUCAGAAAGGCCUUACGAGUGCAGGGAGUGUGGCAAGUUCUUUAAACAGUACUUCUACCUCAUUGAACACCGUAGGAUCCACACUACCACAGAAUUUUACGAGUGUGAGCAGUGUGGGAAAUCUUAUACGCAGAAGGCCACCCUGAUUAGACACCAGAGGGUCCACACAGGAGAAAGUCCUUAUAAAUGUGGGGAGUGUGGAAAAGCCUUUGAAUACAAAUCCAGACUUGAUCGGCAUCAGAGAACUCACACUGGGGAAAGGCCCUACGAGUGCGCCAAAUGUGGGAAGUUCUUCAGGGAAAGCUACAACCUUGCUGAACACCAGAAAAUCCACACUAAAGCAAAGCCUUACGACUGUGAUCAGUGUGGGAAACGUUUUAGCCGGAGAGCUGACUUGGUUAAACACCAGAGGGUUCAUACGGGAGAAAGGCCUUAUACGUGUGGCGAAUGUGGGAAAACCUUCAGCCGAACUACCAACCUUGUUCAACACAGCAGAAUCCACACUGGGGAACGGCCCUACGAAUGUGACCAGUGUGGGAAAUCUUUUAGCCAAGUGUCUACCCUCACUCGGCAUCAGAUCCUGCACGCUGGAGAAAGACCUUCCAAAUACAGCAAAUGAGGAGAUCUUAGACCACCCUGUAGCAUCUUCUAACACCAAAAGUGUCCAAGAAAAGGCAGAAAGUGUGGGACAUCCUUCCACACGCUGGUAGACCAUCACAGCUCCUGGAAGCCUACGCUUGAAAGCACCCUUAAACCCCCCAAGACUGUUUGUAUUGUUGUUCACUGCAGCAGACUAGAGUCUUCAGAGGGGGGAAGUACCACGUGAGUUCCAGGCAUGUGUCAUUUGUACUGGCGGUACCCUGCCCGUUCCAGACAGUCUGUCUCCUUUGCCAGAGGUAACUAACUACUAUAGCAUCUCCCAGAAAGUAUCCCCAGCACCUCUACUGAGUGCAUAUCCCACCCCCCCAACAUACCUUAAUUCUCCCCUUCCCCACUGAAAGCCUCAAUUGCCUGUGCCUUGCAAAUGACCUUAAUACCCCCACCCCUCC